UAUAAUAAUUUAUUCCCCGGGAUAUUUCUCGUUUCUAAAUAAUAUCAAUUAUGCAUCCACAUCAUCGCACGUUGCACAUCGUGACGUAAACAGAGAGUCAUCGGGCCCUCACUCGCCCAUUGAAGAUUUCAUCGCACGUAUUAUCACGACAAUGCGUUCGUGCGAUGCCACACGAUGCACCACCGUGCAGCUGCGCGGUCGCUUAUUUUUAUCUCUCGGAGAACAUUCGAACGGAUCGCUCGCAGCAGACCGGUGCAUCGAGGGAAUCGAUAAUUAUCGCGCCUCGCGGGAGGCGCAUUGCACGGAUCGGCGAACGCGUAUCCGCGCGCGUAGACGGGAGAGAAAGCAUCUCUCCUCUCUGCCUCUCGGCGCCGCCGACAGAACGCGCGACUGCUCCACGCCUGUCGGCCUGCUCGCGAACGUGCGGUCCGAGCAAGCCCGACUCUAUCUUCCUCUCUCUCUCUUUGCUCCGUUCUCGCGAAAACGACCACUGCUAAUCGACGACGUUAGUGCUCAAUAAGAACUCGAUCCGGCGCCAAUCGCGUCUCGGCCAAGUCAGUUUCUCGCUUCGCGUCUCGUGCGGAAGAGAAAACGAGAGAAAGAGCGCGUCGGUGCAGCCGCGACGUCGAUAAAACGGCAUCGAGGCGAACGGACGAAGCCUUUCUGCGACGCGGGAAUGCGGAUGGAGAUUCACGACUUCACGAGGAACGCUGUCAAACGCGUUCCUCGCGUCUCUCGCCGAUAAUCACGUCUUCGUCUACCAGUUUUUCGGCAAAUCUCUAUCUCCCCCCCCCUCUCUCUCUCUCUCUCUCUCUGUGUGUUUCUCUCUAUCUUUCUCGCUCUCUUGCUGUUUUUCACUCGCGUCAAGAUCGAGCGAAUGAUGAAGGUCCCAGUGCGAUAAACGCACGAUCCGUCUUUCCGGGAGGCCGUAGACGCGAACGACGACGACGUCAUGACGCGUCUACGUGGACGUGCCUCGCUGAUGGCCAUCGUGACGGUCAGCUUCAUCCUGCUGAUCGUGAUAUACCACAUAUUGAGUAACGAGAUCGAUGAAAUAUCGGGGAAAAUUGGUGGCCGGCAAAGAUCGGAGGAUUCAUACGCCCCGGGUGACACGGACAGUCCUCAGAGCAUCGCCAGGAGGCAGCAGCUGGACGGACAGUUCGUGGGAAACCUGAGAAACGACGGUACUCCGCUGUUCAAGGGUCACAAGAUCGUCCAUUUAGACCUGAAGGGUGCCCCGCCAAAGAUCAGUUACUACAACUACCUAUUUCCCUUGCUGCGAAAGCUAGGGGCCACCGGUGUGCUCAUCGAGUACGAGGACAUGUUCCCCUUCACGGACAGCAUCGAGGAUGUCCACGCUGGCAACGCUUACACCAGGAAGGAUAUCGCGCAGAUUCAGAGUACAGCCAAGAAGAACGAGCUGAUUGUGAUACCACUGAUACAGACCUUUGGUCACAUGGAAUUUGUUCUCAAGCUGAACAAGUACAGGGACUUCAGAGAGGUGCCGCAUUACCCGCAAGUGUUGUGUCCCAUGUACAACCGGACGCUCCCGUUGAUACAUGAGAUGAUCGACCAAGUUGUGUCAGCUCAUCCGACGUCGAAGUACCUGCACAUAGGCGCGGACGAGGUCUAUCAGAUCGGGGAGUGCUCGAGGUGUCUGGACGUAAUGGCUAAGAAACAGUGGGGUAAGCGACAGCUGUUCCUGGAGCACGUGUCCACCGUGGUCAGGUACAUAAAGGAGAAGUACCCGGAGCUGACGGUGCUGAUGUGGGACGACGAGUUCCGCGAGAUCUCGCCGCAAGAGAUCAUCGACAAGGGUCUGCACUCGAUGGUGGAGCCGGUCGUUUGGAAGUACACCACCGACCCCGGCACCACGCUGACCGAUCAGCUGUGGGAGAGUUACGCCGCCGUUUGGAAGCAGGUCUGGGUCGCCACGGCGUUCAAGGGUGCCACCUUCCCGGACAGAUAUUACACGGAUAUCUCGUACCAUAUAGAGAAUCAUCAGCGCUGGCUGGAGAUUAUUCAGAAGUACUCCGGUCAGAUCACAUUCAAGGGUGUCAUGCUGACCGGCUGGCAACGGUACGAUCACUUCAGCGUGCUCUGCGAGCUCCUACCGGUCGGCCUACCCUCUCUCGCGGUCAACCUGGCUAUACUGCAGGCCCCGGCGCCGGGCAACUUCCCCGUGGAAUUGCCCCAUCAUUUGUCCGAGGCGCUGCAAUGCGACGGGAUCAUCUCGCUGAGCAUACCGGAGCCGCAGUACGGCUGGACCAAGUGCAGCUACCACGGUGUGUCGAUCUACACCGCUGUCCUGCGUCUCUACUCGCUGACGCAGGAAAUCGCCAAGAUGGAGCAAGACAACACCUACAAAGGGUGGCUGAAGCCGUACAACGUCAAGUACUCGUUCGCCAGUCCCAGCUACGUGGAGCGCGCGGUCACCGACCUGGACAGGUUCAAGAUGGAGAUUAUGUACAUCAGGAAGGACAUGUGCACUGCAAUGGAGGACAUCUACGACAACUACACGAUACAUGAGUGGCUCGAGACGUACGCCGCGCCGUUGAACGAGAAGCUCAACCAGUUGUGGGAGACCAAGGAGAAGCUUCUGGAGAAGAACGCAUGGCCGAGGAGACCCCUCACGAAGCCUGACUUAUAGUAGGAGACACCCGUAGGUGUGUCACCUUUGAAUAAGUAGGCUACGAGAAUAUUCGUCGCCGUUUCUAUUCCUGGUAUAGCCGGAGACUGAGAAUUGUAUAUCGAGGCGCGCGAUAUUUGAGGAAGGGAGAUGGACACUCGAGAGAGAGACUCGUAGCGAUUAAAUAAUUAAAAGAGAAAAACGAAGGAACGAACGAACAAAUAAAAAAUAUAUAUGGCGUGGAUAAUCAGUGAAAUGUAAGAAUUUCGAACUCGUAAUUUUACAUCUUGAUAAUCGUUGUACAGAAUAUGUGAUAACCUGCAAUUUGAUAAGGAAGUAAUCAAAUCACACUGACCGCACCGUCCGUAAAUUAGUGAAACUUAUUUGUCUUGAUGAGAACGACUGUAAUUGUCAGUUAUAUUGUCAGAUAGAACACAGAUAAUAAUAAUGUAUAUGCCCGAUUUAGGGCUCGUCGGUUCUUCGGGAAGGGUUUCGGAGAGACGGUUUUCGUCCUCACGAGAGUGUCUGUAUACAGUCCCCGGCCAUAUUAUCAGACGUACUUUGAUAUUUUAAUAGAACACAGGCUAGGAGGGGAAGGAAAGCUACUAUGUUUAUUCGAUUAGAAUAAUUUCGGUGUCAAUCAGCUUUUACCUUCUAAGGUGUUAAAUCAUUCGUUUUACCCAUAAUAAUUGUAACAGCCGAGUGAAAUAACGUCAUAAAAAAUACCUUUUGUAGAAUCAUGAUUCCUCAACAUAAUUCGAUCGAUAGACGAAUCGUAUUAUAUAAAGCUGGUCUUUAGAAGUCAAUGAAUUAUAAAAAAUUAAGCUGCGUCUAAUAAUAUGGCCAGGAACUAUAUAUAUCGGUGACGAUUCCUCCUUCUUGGCAUGAAGAGUCUCGAAUAGAUAGUUUGAUCCGCGUGGUUUAGCUAUACGGGAGGGGGGGGGGGAGUAGAUAGCGAUCUAUUAAUAAAUACAUUAGACGAUCGAUAUGAUUUUGUUGCAACGUAGCGAGAGCAAAAAUCAUUUAUCGGCGAAACUUGUCAGAACUGCUAUUAUCCAACGAUGACCGAUCAUUAUCGUUGCGAUAACGUACAUAUAUGUAUUUAUGAACUACGCGAAGCUCGAAUUGCGCAAAUCGUGCACGCACAUAUUACUCUUCCAAUUUUUCGCAUUACGUCUUCUGAUCCUCGAAAUAUGGUCGCCGCGAGAUACGUGAUCUGUAGAGCCAAGUUUUAUCGGUACGUUCGUUGGAAAGACGAGUGUGGUGAUAAGUUCUCCAAUUGUUUUUUUGCGUAUCAAUCGUAUUUAUUCGUGCGUAUUAACGCAUUAUCUGCAAUUGUAGUAUAAACGGAGAAUUGUGCCAUAAGCAGAUCAUUGCGGUUAUUAUGCCAAUUAGAUGAAUUUUCGACAAAUAUAACAUAAAAAAAUUGUACAUAUGAUGAGAUAAAGAAAUUUGGUCGCUUGCAUCGGCAUGCUUGAAUCGAAGAUUUUGCACGAUUGAUGCUGGUUGAAUAAAAUUUUAUUUCGAAAGUAUCCUCGCGUAUCGGGUAUUUAUUGGAAAAUAUCUUUGUUUAUCUCCUAUUAGAGAUAAAAUGAGAGAGAGAAUUAAUAUACGUUAUAAAAAGCUCUCAAACAACAGAAAUUUCAAAAAUGUCUUAAAGAUGUCUAAAAGACAUCUGUUUUUUUUUUUUUUUUUAGACAUCUUUCAGAUAUUUCUAAGAAGUCUUUCAGAAAUAUAUGCUGUCUGACUUAUUUAAGUAGUUUCAUAUUUGGAUUUUCUCUCGAGAUCGAGCGCCCAGUUACGUUUCUUCGGUUUUUCGACGAACAUACUUUUUAUAAA